AAGACAUUCGAGCACCCUGUCAUUAUUUGCUAUUUACCAUAUCAAAAUACCAAGGAAGGAAGACAUUUUUUAAAAUGGGAGGUUCACAAAGUGCAUUUACCGAACAAGAACUAGAUGAUUAUCAGACAUUGACUUACUUGACAAAGAAAGAAAUUCUACAUGUUUAUAAAAGAUUUUUCACACUGGCUCCUCAAGCAGUAAAUCAAGACAAGAACACAAAGCUUGGUAUUAGUGAUAUUCAGAAAUUACCAGAGUUAAAGGUUAAUCCAUUCCGAGAAAGGAUCUGUAAGGUAUUUUCGUCCAGUGGAGAUGGAGAUAUGACAUUUGAAGACUUCCUGGACAUGAUGUCAGUUUUCAGUGAUCAGGCACCUAAAAAUGUUAAAGUUGAAUAUGCCUUUAGAAUCUAUGAUUUUGAUGAAGAUGACUAUAUUUCUGCUGGUGAUUUAAAAGAAGUUAUUGAUAAAUUAACUGGAGAUCAGAAAUUAUCAGAAGAAGAUAUGCAACAACUGAUUGACAAUAUAUUUAUGGAAGCUGAUCUUGACGACGAUGAAUUAUUGUCCUUUGCUGAGUUUGAACAUGUUAUAUCAAAAGCACCAGAUUUUAUCAAUUCUUUCCGUAUCCGCCUAUAAAUGAAUGAAAUAUGGGUCUAGAGGUUGUGUUUAUGUAUGUCAGUAGUUGUGUGCUGGCAAAUCUUACAGAAACUUAUUGAAGAAUUCCACAUGGUUUUUUAUCAGAUAGGAUUCUUGCUCCAACACUUUUAGUGUAUUAUAUAUUCUAUCAUCUUACUAAAAACGUUCUAUUUUUUCUUUAUAAAUAAAUAUAGUUUAAUAUAUAAGGCCUAUUCAAAAAUCUUUCAAUUCAAUUUGAGUAACAUCAGAAUUUCUUUAAUUUCUAAUUGAUUAUGUAGAUUUAGAUGUUUGUUGGCAGCUCUUUCAAAUUCCUUUGAUCAAAUGUUAAAUGUCAAAACUAACAUUGCUUUCAAUUAUUGAUAAAUAGGUGGUUGUUAAAGGGACAGGUGUGUUAUUUUGGGGAUUGAUUUGAAUGUUAAAUAUAUGUAGAAGUACUAGAAAUGUAUAAAAAAAAAAUCACAUAAAAAGUACUUCAAAGUAGGAAUUUUACUCACAAUUUCUAUAUAUAUCUUUUCUAUAUAUCGCAAAGUAUCUCGUUCAAAAGCAGAUAAUUCUGGACACUCAUGGAACUGAAGGCUCUAAAUUCGAUGGUGAGCUGUGAACACUAUUACUGAUUGGCUUAGCUAAAAAAAAAUCGCAUUUCUGAGACUAAACUAUGAUUCGUAUUUGUUUUGUAUAUACAUGAAAUGAUUUUAACAAUUAAAACUGUGAUAACUUAAUUUAUUAUUUUUUAAUUAUAUUUUUCAACAUGAUCAUGCUUGUUACACCUAACAUCUAAAUGAAUAAUGUUUUUAAAACAUAUAUUAUUAAUAAUGGAAAUCAAUCUGCAUGUACUUUUUCAUACCUAUUUAUGUACAGAGUUUUAUUAAGGCAGUAUUAUUUUUGUAAUAAAUAUUCUAUAAACUUA